AUGGGGUUCAAUCACAACCAAAUUUUACUUGCUGCAGUUAUUAUCUUGGUUAAUUCCUUUUGCUUCCAAGCUCUCGAGAUCCGUCGAUACCGUUUCGUUGUGAAGGAGGCUUCGUUCAAGAGAUUGUGUGAGAAGAAGAAGAUCCUAACAGUGAAUGGAAAGUUUCCAGGGCCAACUAUAAAAGCUCACAAAGGAGACACCAUUGUCGUGGAUGUUAUCAACCAAGGCCAAUACAAUAUUACCAUUCAUUGGCAUGGAGUGAAGCAGCCGAGGAACCCGUGGUCAGACGGACCGGAAUACAUAACCCAGUGUCCGAUCCAACCGGGCGGCCGGUUCAGCCAGAAGGUGAUAUUCUCCAAGGAGGAAGGCACGCUGUGGUGGCACGCGCAUAGUGACUGGUCACGUGCCACCGUGCACGGGGCCAUCAUCGUCUACCCUCGCCUUGGGGCUUCCUAUCCAUUCCCUAAGCCCAAAGCUGAAAUUCCAAUCAUUCUAGGGGAGUGGUGGAAAGAAGAUGUUAUGCAAGUGAUGGAGGAAUUUGUGGGGAGUGGAGGGCAGCCUAGAGACUCUGAUGCUUACACCAUCAAUGGCCAGCCUGGUGACCUUUAUCCCUGCUCACGUGCACAUACGUUCAAGGUGAAAGUAAAGCGGGGAAAUACGUAUCUACUGCGCGUGGUGAACGCCGCCCUGAACGAAAUCCUCUUCUUCGGCGUGGCCAAUCACAACCUGACAGUUGUCAACACCGACGCAGCCUACACCAAACGCCUGACGGCGCCGUACAUCGUCAUAACUCCCGGCCAGACGAUGGACUGUCUCCUGCAGGCCGACCAGCAGCCGGGCGGCCGUUACUACAUCGCCGCCAGGCCGUACGUCAGCGACUCCGGAGUCAGUUUCGACAACACCACCGUCACCGCCGUGCUUCAAUACAGCGGCGGCGGCGGUGGCAGCGGCGCGUCGCCGGAACUUCCCAGCCUUCCUCCAAUCAACGACACUUCCGCCGCCGUCAAUUUCAGCUUCAGCCUCAGAAGCCUCAACUCCAAACUCCACCCGGCCGCCGUGCCGGAGAAAAUCACGAAACGAAUCGUGACGACGGUGUCGAUCAACGCGCUGCCCUGCGCGGCGGCGGAGGGCUGCCGGGGUCCGAACGGGACGCGGCUGGCGGCCAGCGUUAGCAACAUCAGCUUCGUGAAUCCGACCAUAGACAUUCUGGAGGCUUACGUGUACAACGUCCCCGGCGUGUUCGGGAAAGGCUUCCCCGACGCGCCGCCGCUGGUGUUCAACUACACGGCGGAGUUCCUGCCGGUGGAGCUCCAGAUUCCGGCGAGAGCGACGGAGGUGAAGCUCGUAAAAUACAAUUCCGUCCUUGAAAUUGUGUUCCAGGGGACCAAUUUGGUGGCCGGCCUGGAUCAUCCGAUGCACCUCCAUGGAUUCAGCUUCUACGUGGUGGGGUGGGGAUUGGGCAACUUUAACGCCGUUAAGGAUCCGUUAAACUACAAUCUUGUGGACCCUCAGAUGCGGACCACCGUCAUGGUGCCGAUCAACGGCUGGACCGCCGUCCGGUUCAAGGCAGAUAACCCAGGGGUGUGGUUUAUGCAUUGUCAUGUGGAGAGACAUAUGACGUGGGGAAUGGAAACAGUGUUUAUUGUAAGAAGUGGAAGAGGUCCCGAGCAGCGUGUGCUGCCGCCGCCGCCGGACAUGCCGCCGUGCUAAUUAUUAGUAUUAAAUUAUGUUAUAAUUAAAGUAAUUAAUAAGACAUUAUUGUGUAAUGCAGGGAGACAUAUAUAUAUAUAUAUAUAUGGUUGAUGUAAUAAUACAGUCGUAUGA